GCGCGCGCCCCGGCAAGCAUGUCUCUUGCGUGACGCGCUCCCUACUCGCGCACGUUCGAUUUCGUUAGUCGAUCGGCAUGGCUCCGCGUCGGCAAGGCACGACCGGCGAACGGGAACAGGAGGAGACCAGAGGGUGCUGCGUACCCGGCGAAUGUCUCCGCCCCCGGGAGUCGGUGCGCAUUGAAGAUGCAGUCCGCGUGAUAUGCAACAACGACACGUGCGCCGCCGGCCGGUACAUGCAUCGUGAAUGUUUCGAGCAAUGGGAAGUUGGCGUCCUCGCUUACCUGAAGUCCUGCGGCCGAGCACGUUCGUGGUCUGAGAGGCAGAGACAUCAGAAUUUAUGGACAAAGAAGGGCUAUGACUUGGCGUUCAAGGCUUGCGGCUGCCGGUGCGGCCGAGGGCAUUUGAAGAAGGAUUUGGAUUGGGUGCCGCCGGGCGCGGCUGUGAGAGCUGAAGAAGACAAAAAGCGUCGCCGACGAGCUAGGACGAGCCGCACUCCGGCGGUGGACGGCCGUUCCAGAGCUUUUAGCCUUUCUAGCUCAGGCUCGUGCUCUCCACCUUCCGCGCCCUCAGAGCCUUCUGCCAGUCCGACACAUGUUCCUGUUGUCACACCUAUUAAGAGGAACUCCAAACCUGAAAUAGUAUCUGACAGGAUCAGAGCUGGCGCUGGUGCCAAUGGGAUAUUCUCAAGAAGACUGGACUUCUCCACGUUCAACCUUCUGCCAAAGCACAAAGUCAACUCAUAUCAGAUUAAGAUUGAAGAUGAAGGCAACCACGGCAACGACGACACGCGGCUCUUCAUUCUCUCAACACUAGCUGGUCAGCACAAGCCGAAGGUCUCUUGUGCGCUCUGCAAAGAAACCCUUCACGUAUUCGACCGUUAUCCUCUCGUGGAUGGGACCUUCUUCCUUAGUCCACGACAACACACCAGCAGUGCUGUUGAGGUGAAAGUAGAGGGCCGCACUCAGUACAUGACGUGCGUGUGCAUGGGCUGUCUAGAGCGAUAUGAUCCGGAGCGUACAAUACGCUGCCGAUUCUGCGGUCAGAAGUGGGACGGAUCGUCACUCGUGCUCGGCACCAUGUACUCUUAUGACAUCUUCAUGGCCACGCCUUGCUGUGCUGAAAGAGUGAAGUGCAACAACUGUUUCAAGCCCCUUCUGCACCCGCAGCAACGGCUCAACUACUCGGACUACUCGCAUCCGGUCACGUGCCCGCACUGCCGCGUGCUCGACACGCACUUUGUAAAGCCUCUUUCUUACUGCUUUACGAAACGGGCCUUCCCGCUCUUCCAGCAGUGGCCAUAACAGUCGGCGGUGCCGGGGCCCUCCCCCGGCACCCCCCCUUCUGACUGGAGUCUGGCGCCGUCUCCCUCUCGCCGCGCCUCGCCCCCUGCGCCACUGGCAGCGCCCGCACUGCGCCCUGUCGUCAACACGAGUAUGGCACGCGUGCCCGAAUCACCCACAGAAGAAACCACUCCGAAGAUACUCUCGCCAACCAUCGCUAGCAUCACAGAAUCCCUCUCCUUGCUAGGGCUGAGCCCAGAGACGCUAGCCAUGAGUUUGGGCGAGUCGCUGGCCGACCGAUACCUCGCCGCACUGCGACUCAAGCAGCCAGAAAGGCUCCCGCUUGGCGGCUGCGGUGUCGGUAUGCCGCGUCGGACACUGUACACCGAACCCUCGCACCUGCAGCUCUUCUCCAAUGAUUUCAUUGACUAUCUGAACCAAAUCGCAUAAUCACCCGGCGUCUAUCAGACUCACAGUGCUCUAUGAACUCUCGAAGUGUGUCUCCGCUGAGACGCUAGUAAUAAUUUCUGUUAAAUUAAGUUGGUAUUAUUGAAAAUAAUUUUAUGUGUGGGUUUAGAUCGUACUAUUGAUUUUAUUUUAAUUUUAUUCUGCACUUUGUUGAUUAGAUGUUGAUUUUUAUCGGAAAUAAUAAUAAGCGAUAGCGUGACGCCAGAAAUUGCAUUUUGUUUUUUUCGGUUGAAUCUGAAAUUGGGAAUUUCUCCUUUUAAAGGAGCUCAAAGGUGAGUUUUAAAUUAUUGAUUACCUACCUUCUAUUUCAGUGAUACUGUUCCCCUAUCUGAUAGGGGUGAGUGGUGUGUUGUUUAGUUCAAUUUAGUUUAUUAGUUAUGUUUUAUUUUAGCAAAAUUUUAAACCUAACUUAAGUGUUAUACAAUAUUUUCGUAGGUUUAUUAUUAUUUUUAUUUCCUCCCACCAAAUGGCACUUUAUUCGUGUAGAGAUCCCAUAGAGAUGCCAUGAUAAGUUAUCGUUAACAUCAUUCAUUUUACUUACUUUCACAUAACUUAAAGAAUAAUAAUUGGUAGAGGAUUUUUAGUGUAAGUUAUUGCUGUGUCACCAAUAAUAUGAUUAGCUUGUCUGUAUUUUACGAUUACUGUAGAUUUACUUCUUAUCGCCUUUUGUUAAUUUACUUUUGUUCGUAUGAUUAUUAAAUAUUUCCGCGAUUGGACGAGUGGAUAUGAAAGUAAUAAUUGAAAACUGUAUUUUGGAUUGUGCCAUAUCAAAAGGGGAAUCUUAGUGCAUUUUUGAAACUAAAGUUAUUAUUUUAAAAUUAAUCAUCUUAUCGCGGAUAAUAGUUUUUAUUUAUAACGGAAAACGUGUUUGUUUGUUUGUUUUUUGUUUUAUUCUGUUGAU